GGUGCGGACACGCGCAGGGCUGCGCCGCCGCCUGCUCCAUCCCCGCGGCGCUGCGGCUGCAGCGGGCUCCGCCGGCGGCAACUUCCCGGGCACGGGCCGGCGAUGAUGUCACUAAUAAUCUUCAGGAUUUCUUCUUUGUUGAUGAGGAAGAAGAUGAACCAAGAGGAGUAACACUGAAGAUGGGAAAAGUCCUAUAGUUAGAUAUCUAGUUGCUUGCUUACUGGUGUUGCACAGUCUCCAUAUCUUUGACCUAAAUUAGGACACAACUGUGGUAGAAAUUUGUGGACAAGAAAAAGGACAUGGAAGACAUUAGUAAUGAUGGGAAAAAGUUACAUGGAAGACAAUACUGAGAACUACUUAGCUUGUUAAUGCCAAAUACAGAAGGCUACUUGGAUAUUGGUUCAGUGUGGAACAAAGGAUCUUUUUUUCUUAAUCUUUACAAAUAAUUAUGUCCAAGAAAAGCCGUGCCAAGGGAGAGAAGCCUGACAUGGAGACUGAAGCACUUCAGGCUGCUAAUGAGGAGCUUCGAAGUAAACUGACCAACAUUCAGAUAGAAUUUCAGCAGGAAAAAAACAAGGUGGGUAAAUUGAGAGAGAAAAUACAAGAAGUUAAGCAAGAAAGAGAGCAGGAGCAACACAAGCACACUGCUUACAUCUCGGAGCUGAAGGCAAAGCUCCACGAAGAGAAAAUGAAGGAACUCCAGGCUGUCCGGGAGGCGCUCAUUCGGCAGCAUGAGCAGGAAGUAGCUCGAAUGGGAAAAAUCAAAGAUGGUGAAAUUCACCGUUUGCAGUCUACAGUGAAUGUGCUGCGGGAUGGGGCUGCCGACAAAGUGAAAACAGCAUUGCUCAAUGAAGCCAAAGAGGAGGCUCGAAAAGCAUUUGAUAAUGAACGUAUGAAGAUGCAACAGGAGAUCUUAGAGCUGAAGUCUGGUAAAAAGCAACUUGAAGAAGCUUUGAACAACAUUAUGCAGGCAGAUAAGAUGAAGGCUGCUGACUUGCGCACAGCUUAUCAAUCCCAUCAGGAUGAGAUAAAUAGAAUAAAGCGUGAAUGUGAGAGGGAUAUCCGCAGGCUGAUGGAUGAGAUAAAAGGCAAAGACAGAGUGAUUUUGGCUCUGGAAAAGGACCUUGGAGUCCAGGCAGGCCAUACACAAAAGCUGCUGCUUCAGAAAGAAGCUUUGGAUGAACAGCUUGUCCAAGUAAAGGAGGCAGAGCGGUACCACAGCAGCCCCAAGAAAGAGCUUCCUGGUGGAAUAGGCGAUAUCACUGAAAUGAUGGGCAGUCCAGAGCAGCAUUUGGAUGAGCGAGAUGUGCGAAGAUUUCAGCUAAAAAUUGCUGAACUGAAUGCUGUAAUACGGAAACUGGAAGACAGAAAUACCCUUUUAGCAGAUGAAAGAAAUGAAUUGCUGAAACGUUCUCGGGAAACAGAAAGUCAGCUGAAACCCUUGGUAGAAAAAACCACGAGGAUGAGUAAAAAGAAUGAUGACAUGUUGCAGUGUAUCCAGAGAAUGGAAGAAAAAAUUAAAAAUCUUUCAAGGGAAAAUGUAGAACUAAAAGAAAAAUUAUCCACACAGCCAGCAUUGAAGAGGCACACUUCCUUGAAUGACCUUAGCAGCACACGAGAGGAGCAAGAAAUUGAAUUCCUGAGAUUGCAAGUUAUAGAACAGCAGCAUGUCAUUGAUGAUCUCUCAAUGGAAAGGGAACGGUUGUUACGCUGUAAAAAACAGAAAAGGAAGAGUUUGAAACCUCCAAAGAGGCAUGUUGUCGAGACAUUUUUUGGAUUUGAUGAAGAAUCUGUUGAUUCAGAAACAUCAUCUAUAACUUCAUAUAACACAGAUAAGACAGACAGGACACCAGCAACCCCAGAAGAAGACUUGGAAGAUAGCACACCUAAAGAAGAAGCUGAUUUAAGGUUCUGUCAGCUAACCAGAGAAUAUCAGGCUUUGCAAAGAGCAUACGCAUUACUCCAGGAGCAAGUUGGUGGAACGCUGGAUGCAGAGAGAGAAGCAAGGACUCGUGAACAAUUGCAAGCUGACCUCCUCCGGUGCCAAGCAAAAAUUGAAGACCUCGAGAAAGCUCUGAUUGAAAAAGGACAGGAUUCAAAAUGGAUAGAAGAGAAGCAGCUGCUUAUCAGAACAAAUCAAGAGUUGUUUGAAAAGAUUUACAAAAUGGAACAGGAAGAGAAUCAGCUGAGGACCGAGAUGCAGGAUGCGAAAGACCAGAAUGAGCUCUUAGAAUUCAGAGUGCUAGAACUUGAAGAGAGAGAACGAAGGUCGCCAGCAUUUAACCUCCAUAUAACUACCUUCCCUGAAAACAAUGGAAGUGCACUUCAACUGUUCUGUCAACAAGAAGGAAUAAAGGUAGAUGUGGCUUCAUUAGCUCUCAAGAUGAUUGGAUUAUCCAGGAGCUCUAUCAGAGUAUACCCAGCACAUGAAUAAAUUGCCCUGUCAAAUGAUGGUUGCUUUUAAACAUACAGCAGUGAUCCAGAUGUGAGAAUUUAUUUUUUCUCUGCAAAGAAAAAUAUAGGAUGAAACUUGGAGAAAAGGAUGAAUAAUUGGGGAAAGAUGACUCCUGACAAUGAGGUCUGCUAGACUUGUCUAGUAUUCUCCUGAGGCUAAUAACCUGAGAGGUUUAGGAGUUAGCCUGAAUAAACUAUAGAGAAUACAAUUGUAUGAAUGGUUAGCUGUCAUAUGUUUUUCAUGUCAUUCUAUAUUUGUUCAAUUUUGAAUUACAGGUUCAAUAUUGAAGUGUAGUUAAGGUCAGAAAAAAGGAUUGUAAAUAUAGCACCCAUCCAUCGCUUGUUCUGAUCCCUUUUGUGUACUCAGGCCCCAGUCCAGCAAAGCACUUUAGUGGACCUCAUUAAGUAUGUGCUUAAGUAAGGUAGUAAUGAAGUGGGGCCUAGAAGCAUAAGUGUCCUGGUCCUAAAUCCAUUGAAAGUACCAUGGCCCUGCUAACUAGUUUUCGUUGGCUUUGAAUGAGGCCCAAGAUAAGCAUACUACACGUAUUGAAAUAAAAAUAAAUAACUGGCAUCUUACCUGCUUGCUUCAGUGAGAAAAAUAAAAUGUUGCUCUUUUUCAGUCCGAAAACUCAAAAUCUCAAGGAGACCUCAAAUUGGUUGCCAUGCUAGCUUACCCAAGGUUAAGUUCAGAAUAUCUUCUUAAGAAUGAUGCGUAACAGAUCAAAAAGAAAAGAAACUUUCCGACCACUGGUUCAGAGUGCACUGGAGCCAAUUAGAGAAACAUUAUUUGUAUUUGUGAUCUGAAUAAAUUAGAUGUAGGGGUCACUGAGAAAUUAUGGCCAUAAAAUUCAACUAUGCUGUUUUCAUUACUCUGGGAGCAACUAGUGCCAUCAAUUUGGUGUGUUUAACAUACUGUGGCAUAAUAACUUGCAUGCUUACUAUCAUAACCUUCCCUGAAUGUUCUGUUACAGCAAAGGGCCUGUGGACAUACCCAGAAUAAAAUAUCCUAAUAAGUAAAAGACCAUCAGAAAAGGACAGUUCACUGAGUUUAGGUUAGAUACAUAGAUUGAUUGAUAUAGAUCUCCCUCUCUGUCUGGGGAUCUGUUGAGCUGUCUCCAGAAUUAAGAAUCUGACUUAUCUGACACACCACUGAAGAACACUAAUUAAUAGAUUUCCUUCCCAAAACACUUUGCAUAGGAUCCUGAUUCUGCUUUUUAACGUCCUCCUUUGCAAUCUAACGUGUGCAUUGGCUGGAGCUCUUACAUCUGCUAUGAUCAUAGAAUCAUAGAAAAUUAGGGUUGGAAGGGACCUCAGGAGGUCAUCUAGUCCAAACCUUGCUCAAAGCAGAACCAUCCCCAAUUAUUUUAUCCCAGCCAAGGCUUUGUUUAUCCAGUUCUUAAAAACCUCCAAGGGUGGAGGUUCAACAACCACUCUGGGUAACCUGUUCCAGUGCUUUACUACCCUCCUCAUAAGAGAGUUCUUCCUAAUAUCCAACCUAAACUUCCUUUGCUGCAACCUUUGACCAUUGCUCCUUGUCUUGUCAUCUGCCACCACUGAGAACAGUCUAGCUCCAUCCUCUUUGGAACCUCUCUUCAGGUAGUUGAAGGCUGCUAUUAAAACCCCUCUGAGUCUUCUCUUCUGUAGACUAAAUAAGCCCAUCUUCCUCAGUGUCUCCUCAUAAGUCAUGUCCCCCAGCCCUCCAACCAUCUUCAUUGCCUUCCACUGGAUUCUCUCCAAUGUCUCCAUCCUUUCUGUAGUGGGGGGCCCAAAACUGGACACACUACUCCAGAUAGAUCCAGGUUCCCAGCAGAAAAAGUAUUCUUUUUAAAUGGAUGUCGUAGAGUCCAUCUUUCAUCUUUUGUCACAAAAAAAAAAAGUUGUUUUUUUUUUUCUUGGGCUUUUUUUUUCUUGGUACCUUUUUUAACUUCUAUCCCAAUUUACCAAUCUGCAAAAUGUAUUUUUUACCUACCUCACAGGGAUGUUGUGAGGCCCAAUUGAUUUAUGAUCCAUGUGUUUUGAAAUCUUUGGAAAAUGGUUAUUUGGUUGUAGUAAAUUAAAUAUUGUAUAGGUCUUAAAAUGUGGUUUGAUUCUUAAUGUUCUCUUAUGUUCAAUGACAACUAAAUGAAAAUCAAGUAUCUGGCCUGAAAAUGCUCCAUUAUAUUAUAUAUAUUUCAUUAUUAUUGUACUAGUGUCACAUUUCCAUAAUAGUGACUGAUUACUUACAAGUCUUAUUUAUUCAGUGUUAAUAGAGAUGAUUCUAACCUGAAAAUUCUGACUUCAAGAUAUGCUCACAUGUCUGGAAAGUUUAAACCCAGUUUUGAAAAUUGGAGAAAGAGCUGAUUUCUAAAUAUUUUUACUUAUAAAAAAAAAAAAUAAAAAAUUGAAUGCUAGCAUGGACUGUCUGCCCAAUAGAUAAAGUACAAACUUACUACCCUUCUAGUAAGAGGGGGAAAAACUGGAUUGGAAAAAGAAUGUCUUCUGUGUGGUGUGCUGAUCUUAUGCUGUUAAUGUCGGGGAACCAAGUUAGAUUCAUAUGUAAUGAAUGGCAGUUUUUUCUUCUACACUUGUAUAUCUCUGUAAUAGAAUUUCCAUUUUUUUUAGCCUUGUGCACCCAAGCCU